AGACAUAAGGUCUAAAUCAUUUUUCUUGCUAAUCUGUGAAGGCAUAGCCGUGCAGUCCAACUGUAGUAGAUCGUGUUGCUUUUUUUAAACUUUUCUUUUUCUAAUGUCACAUGCUCUAGAAAAGAUUAGAUAACUAUCAAAAGAUAUAUCCUUUUUGGUGUUUCCGGCGCAGAGAAUUAAGGAAGUGUUCAUCAUCUAUAUUAUUUAAAAGACAUCAUGGAUUGGAGAACAACGUCGUGGAUGCUUUCAACGUUAAUGUUUGUAACGGUGAUAGUUUAUUUUGUUCUUGAUUACAAUGUGAAUAAACUUAACAACCGUGGAUGGAUUAAUAAUCAUUUGUUAAAACAUCUCCACAAAAUAAAAAGGACCAAUAAUAUUCAAAAAGGUGGUUCAGGCCAAGAAAAAUUAGACAUUCAUACAUCAACAAAAAACCGUUUAGAUUUACAAGAUCAGGACCUCUGUUAUACGCACAAUACUUUUUUGCAAUCCAAAGUUUCCCCCUGUAGCUAUAUCUGUGGCACAGUCAACUGUUCUGGUCUCUCUAUCAAGGAGAUACAACCCUCGUGGUUUCCAAAUGAAACACAAACUAUUCUAUUGAAUACAAACUUUAUCAGCAGAUUGAACAAUUCCACUUUUUCAUAUCUAACGAAUUUAAUAUAUUUAGAUCUAUCAGACAAUAACAUUGAAUUGAUAGAGAUACACGCUUUUAAAGGGCUACAUAAUCUAAAGACUUUAAAUCUUUAUAAUCAUAACUUAAAGUUUGAUAACUCUAAUGAGUUUCAAAAAAUCUUUGGGCCACUUACCAGUUUAGAAGAACUAAAUAUCUUACAGGAUCCCCACAAAGUAGGAAUGUAUUCAUUUAAUUUUUUAGAGAAUUUGCCAACACUUCGAAAAUUAUCAACAGAAUAUGAUUUAGAAACAUUGUCUCUCGGCGAAGAGUUUAGAAAAAUAUCAAACUUGACAUUUCUAACACUUUCUGGCAAUGUUAAAAUCAUGAACGAUUCUUCAUUUAGCAAUGUAGCUGGAUUAAUUGAACUUCAUUUGGAAUUAUUAAAAAACUUACACACAAUUAGCCACAAUGUUUUUUUACCUUUAAAGAAAUUAAAAGUACUGAAAAUGUAUGUGAUAGAAAUAACCGCACAAUUUGUGCUUUCUCUUUUGGAACCGUUUCAGGACAGGAACAUGACUGAGAUCAGUUUAGACAUUGUGAGCUUUAUUCACACACGCACUGAUCCUCGAAUUGAAGGGUAUGUCACUUAUAAUGACACCCAAUAUCUUUUAAAUAUUUGCUUGGAAACAUUGACUUUAGGAGCACUUUACAUUUACUAUUUUUCUGCGGACGCAUUUCAGAAUCUUGAGACUUGGAAUAGAUGUUUAGUAAAUUUGGAAAUUUCUCACAACCAAUUAUUUGGAAGUUUUACGACUGGUUCUCGAUUGCUGAAGUUAACAAAAUUACAAAACUUUACGUUUACAGAUGUGUUUCGUCAAUGUUUUCGAUACAAAAGUUUUCCUCAAAGUUCUUUGGAUAAUCAAGCCUACUUAAAACAAAAUAAUGACAGCGCUCUUCAGGAAAGAAAGUUAACUGAAAAGAAAUACGAUAUAAGUGUGUUUGCAGAAAUGUAUGUUCCAAGAAGUUUACAUGGUGCACCGUGUUGGUCCCUUGAAACUAUAACAAUAUCUGAAAGUAUCAAAUAUAUAAAUAUGAGACGCCUGGUUGCUUCCGACUGGAUGCUUUGUAACUAUUACAUUGAAGGUGCACAAAAUGUAGAGUAUCUGGAUAUCUCUGAUAGUGGGUUUAAAUAUUUUACCGGUUCACUUCAAGGAUUCAUUUCAGUUAAAACAUUGAUAGUAUCAGGAAAUAAUGUCAGUGUGAUAAAAACGUCUUACCUGGACACAUUCCCUGCUCUAGAAAACUUGGCUCUUGCUAAUUGUCAACUAGAUCGUGAGUUUAUGUCAAUUCACAGCGGGAGAUUGUUUCAAAAUCUGACACGCCUACAGCAGCUUGAUCUGUCUUCUAAUUUACUCAACUAUUUAUCUACAGACACGUUUAUGUACAACAAACACUUGAAGUGGUUGACUUUAGCACAAAAUCAGUUUCGGGAAAUUCCGUUUUCUUUGGAGUACACACCAGAACUUGAAGUCUUAGAUCUACGUCAGAACUCCCUCAAUACGAUUGACAUGGCGAGCAUUGACCAGCUUGACAAAAUUGUGACUAAGUCAGGUCACCUACAACUUUUACUAAGUGGGAAUAUUUUAUCCUGUGGUUGUAACGAUCUUCAGUUUUUACACUGGAUGAGGUUGACUUCAGUGACGUUUGAUCAGAAUGGAAACUUCACAUGCAUUAACAAUAAAGGGGACAGAACUUAUACUUUAAUUUACUCUGAACUUGAUGCAUUGUGGAGAGACUGUUGGGGAAGUUUUUUCUUAUAUCUGGCUUUGAUAAUCUUGUGUCUUUAUAUGAUAGGAAUUUCACUAGCUUUUAUAAUGAUUAAAAAUAAGAAAUUCAUUAUUUCCUAUUUUUCGCAGAUUCUAGGCCUUUUUAGAGUACAUACGAAACAAGACUACCCUAUAGGUGUGUAUAUUGGCUAUUCUGAUAGAGAUUAUUUGUUCCCGUGCACGGAUUUGAGAAAAUUUAUUGAAAGUUCACUUAGGUUAAAGACAUUUUUAAUUGAUCGUGACCUUAUUGCGUCUGUGGACAAAGCCAGUGGGAUAGUUGAUGCUCUGAACGCCAGUUGGAGAAUUCUUCUCGUCUGCAGUGAAAGUUUCUUGAAGGAUGAUGAUUGGUCAAUGUUUACAAUGAGGUCAGCUAUUUACACACAAAGUUCAGCAAAUCCUGCUCGUGUUGUCGUGCUAGUACACAAAGAUUGUCUUCCCUUACUUCCAACAGCUGUCGUAAGUUCCGUCAAUGAUGAGAAUAUUUGUGUUGUGUCGGAGUGGGCGUUGAACUACGAGAUGAUGCAAAUGUUGACCACAAGAUUGACGUAAACAAAAUAAAUGAUAGUAUACAAUUAUUGAAUGCCUUUUUGCCUAGACAUACUUAUCUUUGUCAGUGUUAACCUAACAUGUAUGCAUACACUCUUAAAUAUUUACAGCAUUUGAUGCAAAGCUGAUUCGAAAAUACCCACCAUAAUUACUUUAUGUGCAAAUCACACCUCGUGCUUACGACAGUCUUUUUAAACUUGACAACUAACAUUUUUAAAAUAAUUGUUUAAUCUUGACAAGUAGAGUCCCCUUUCAGCGCUUGUGAUCUAUGGGGCAGAUGAUGUAAAGGUCAUAUGAUUCUGUGGCCAGGAAAACGCCUAACUUUCCCCAGUUAAUGUCAGGUACUCAUUAGAGCUUGAUGGACUCAGAGGUGCCCUAAAGAUCCCGAAAGUAGAAAUACCAGUCGUCACCAGGAUUCAAUCCCGGGACCCCCAGCUUGAAAGCCAAGCUCUUUACCUCUCAGCCACUGCGCCUCCAAGUACAGCUUUGGGAAAAUUUAUUUGCUUCUUACAUUAGGUAUGAAAGUGACAAUCCUGUUAAUUGUUAAAGGGUAAAUGUGACUUUAAAACAUGUUUACUUGUAAAGAACCAAAUAAGUUUUUGUUAUAAUUUUACCAAUAACUAAUAGCUAGUCUAAGUAUCAACGUUAUUAAUAAAUAUAAAUAUUUAUCCUAAACUUUUCUUCACUGGACUAGCAUAUCAUCUAUUUAGUAGUAGUCUCUUCCUCUCGCUCUCUUUCUCAAUUUUUUCACCAGUAACCACAAAUAUUCUUGUUGUCAUUGCUUAUGUCGUAAACAUAAAAAGUUGAUUCUAAAUUUUAAAUUUUAAAAUGUAAUUUCUAGUAGACGCAAUGAACUUUAAUAGUCUGAACCCAUAAACUUAGAGUUAUUCCCCGUGGUUAGAAUUGACUUACAUGGUUAAAUGUGGGAAGCGUGGUCGAGAGGCGCUUGAACUUGGCUUGUCUCGGCUAUCUAGAAGGGGGCUCGAGGUUCGACACCCGACUCGGGCAGAGUUGCGUUUACUGAGCGCCUAAAGGCAGCACGGAAAACCAACUCCUAGAUACCCCCUCCCCCCCCCCACCGGUCCACAAAUGA